AUGGCCACAAGUCGCCUCGUCCUUGCUGCCUCCUCUAACUGUGUAGAGCUUAACAUCCCUGUUGCCGCGCAUGCCAAUAACACCAAGUUUAACACUGUCAGAGUCGAUAGCAACGUUGAUGCAGUCGAGUUCACUUUGAGUCGAGAGUAUAUUUCCGUUGGGAGUAUUGAAGUCGGCGGGGACUACCAGAUAAGCGGUCACCUUUGCAUUCCAACAAAUCCUCGGAACGGCGAGAGUAUUCUCAUUAUUGCAUCUCAUGGCGUUGGCUUCUCGAAAGAGGUUUGGGAUCCUACUUAUCGUCCGGACGAGUUUUCGUUCGUUGAUGCUGCAUUGGCCCAGGGUUACGCUGUCCUGGCUUACGAUCGCCUCGGUGCUGGCCGAUCGUCUCUUCCCGACGCAUACGAUGAGCUUCAAGUCCCUCUACAAGGCGAAGUCCUUCGUGCUUUGACCGAACUAGCUCUUGAUGGGAAAAUCAUCACAGCCUCAGAAAAGACUGGAGCAAGCAGCGGCAUAACAGAGUAUACAGCCGACAAGGUCGUUCACGUGGGCCAUUCUUAUGGAUCAAUCAUUACCAACUGGUUCCUCGCUCGAUAUGGCUCCCUUAGCGCGGGCGCAAUACUCACUGGGUUCCUGAAUGACAACCAAUUUGCCAACCUCAAGGUCGAAAUUGCUGACUUGUCGUAUGCUCCCGAGCAUAACCCUGCACUGUUUGCAAACCGGACGAGCGGCUAUCUGGCAUUUGGCAGUGUCACCGCUCUGCAGGCCGACAGCUUCAAGAAAGAGACACUGGAUCCCAAUGUGCUUAGCCUAUGGAAUGAUAGGAUUCAGUCGAGCCUUGGAGUGGGUGAAGUUUUGACGCUUGGAACUGGAGUCGGGGAUCUUGUUGAAGCCUUUACCGGGCCUCUACAGAUCUUCGUUGGUGAGAAUGAUUUUGCCUUUUGCGCCGGUCAAUGUGCCGGGACGUUCAACAUGACGCAGCUUCACGGGAUAUACCCCAACGUGAAGGAUCUGGACGUCUACCUCCAGCCCAACACUGGACAUGUCGUUCAAUUGUCUCUGAACGCCACGGCAGGAUAUAAAGUCAUCUUUGACUUCUUGAAGAAGAACGGACUAUGA